AAGCCAUUGGAGGCAACAAAAACAGUUUGAUGGUCACACAAGCUCUCCGGCAGGUCAACCUCUUCCAAGAGAUCAUUUUGUGACACGUUCAGCAACUUCUUCGCACUCUGGCUGGCUUGCAUCAAGUUGCAUGGCUUGGUGGUAAGGCUAAGCUGGCCGGGACCCCUUGUCGAAAUUGCACAUCAUCAGCCAUGUGGCGGGUUACAAUUAAUCAAAACUCGCGAUGCUUUCGUCGGUAGGGCUCUUUGCCAUCUUUGGUGUUUUUUUCUUGAGUGCGCCACGAAGACUCAUCACUCAAGCACACCCCAGCACGACUUAUCUCUCCACAAGAGCAUGCGCAAGCAUGGCCGUGAAUAGUCCAGGCUUGGGUGGCCCAGGCCCAGUCACCGCGUACAAUAUCUCGCUUCAGCGGCCGCCUUUCAACGGUCGCUGCAGAUCACAGAUGCCUGACUCAGAGGCUGACCUUUUAUCAAGGCAGUCGGGGAUCAAGACACAGCUUCCGUGCCUAUCGGUUCCCAGUGAACUGCUGCCUUGGCGCGCCGGGGAUGUGUUUAGCUGCAGUUGGCCAUGUGUUUUAUCGUGCUUCCCACCAAUUCCAUCCCUCUGGGCUCGGAAAUUAUCUGACCAACCUCCCAAACCGGACCCCUGGGCGGUGGUACGAGUACGUUACCUGCAGCACACCAAGCACGGAGGCACCAGGGUGGUGCAUCCGGCUUUUCUAGCGGCUCUGCGGAACACUUUGGAAUGAUGAUCCAAUGCUCCUGGCGUCCUUUAUAACAGGCACCGCGAGGCUGUGACAGAACCCUUUUCUAGAUACAACCUGAAACCUACACGCAGAAAAACCGUAAACGAGGUCUACUUCCAAACCGAGGAUAACGGCUAACGGCUAACGGAAGGCUUCGCCUCGAUCGAACACGACAUUGUGAAACGGUAUCGAG